UCGUGAUUGUCGGACCCGGUCUACUUGUCUAACAAAUCAAAUUCACAUUCUAAAAUAAUUCUCAAUAUUUUUACGAAAGCAACUAACGAUUACAUUACAUGAAUAGAUUUAUUUUUCAGUUGGUUAUUGAAAUCAUAGUGAACUGAUGAAGAUCCAGUCAAGUGCACAUAUAUAUAAAAAAAAAAAAUCAUAAAUCGUGAUUGAAAAAUCAAUAUUAUGAGUGUUGUCAAGUACUAGAUAACGAUAGGUGUUGGUGAUAUUGAAGACGUGAACGGGCCUGUGAAAUGAUGACCCUUAUGACAGACGUGGGAAGUUAUCCGUAUGAAACGAGGUCCUUGUGCGAUACUUACCAUUCACAUCACCAUCAUCAUCAUCACCAUCGACACCGGCAUUUUUACCUUUCGCCGGAAGCUGAAUAUUUCCCGAGUUACGGAGGUGAACGGGAUAGGGAUGAACAGCAUACAGCUACUAGUGCUGAUGGCAGUGCUACAUCACCAGAGAGCAUUGCUUCUGGUCAUUAUCGAGACGAUCAGCUGAGUUCACAAUCUCAUUAUCUGGCAGACUCUGAUGACGCAUCAUCAAUCCUGUCGGCAGAUGCGUCAGGAGAUCCAGAAUCAGCCUCAGCAGACGGUGAUGAGACGACUAAUGAAAGUGAGAGUGUUGAACACGUGCCGCAUCCCCACGUACUGGACGCAACUUCACCCCAUGGGCCGCGGAGGUGCCUGCUGUGGGCUUGCAAAGCAUGCAAAAAGAAAACCGUGACAGUUGACAGGAGAAAAGCGGCAACGCUGCGCGAGAGGAGGCGGUUGAGAAAGGUGAACGAGGCAUUUGAAGUAUUGAAGAGGAGAACGAGUAGCAAUCCCAACCAGAGAUUACCCAAGGUAGAGAUACUGAGGAAUGCUAUUGAAUACAUUGAGAGCCUCGAGGCAGUACUCCAGGGCAAUAGAUCGACCAACGGUCAGAAUCACGUAUCAGAAAAUACAAGUGGUGAAUCUCCGCAGUACGUCACAGACAGACUUCGCCAAUUUUCGGACCCACUAGCGAGAUUUCAACCUAUUAACGGCUUCACAGGGGUGGAGAAUUCAACCAAUCAGAGCAGUGGGAGCAGCCUCGAUCGACUCAAUAUGAUUGUGCAGAGCAUAUGUGGAGAAUCCAAUGAUAAUAGCCACUAUCCACCCCACAAUUGAAUCAUCAACAGUAUUAAGUGCCAUUUUUUUUAUUUCGUGGAACGCGUGGACCUGAUUACCAUGACUAUUUCUAGAUUAUGACCAUUAAUAUUAUACGACCAAAUGAACGUAAUUGUUGUUUAAUUGAUUGAAUUAGUUAGAGGGUGGUUAAUUCUAAGGACGAAGAAUAUGACUAUGUUAAAUGAUAUUGCCAAAGGAAUUGAGAGGAUCGCCAAAAUCAUUUUAUUGCUUUUUUUUUUGUUUUUUUUUUGUUUUUUUUUUAUAGUGGAAAAUUAUGCACUGCA